AGUCUUGAUUUGCAUUAGGAAUGCUAACAUUAUUUAUCGUGUUCCGACCAUUUCUGCUGAUUAUCACUUCACUUUCGAAUUGAAUUAGAAAUAUAUCCUUAUUGAAGUUGCAUUGUUUAAGCAAUUAAAAUUUAAAACCAAUAUAAAGGGAUUUUUUUUCUCGGAAAAGUUCAACUGUGGUUUUUAAAUUAGAGCACCUUUAUUUAUUCUGGGUUUAAACGAAAGUUUGAUCCAUAGUUUAAUAUCUAGUUUAACCCUAAAUUGUGAAAUUGUGCCUUGUCCCAUUUUUCAGUACAUCUUUGGUGUCAAUUGGGUAAAUUAUUUUAUUUCUUCACAAUAAAUAAGAAGAAUCUAUUCCUGUCAAAUUUUUAUCAAUAUAUGAUUAGAGCCUGGAUUAGAGAUUCCGAUUAUUGUUACUUAAGUAGUUUAUAGAUAAGAUUUUUAAGUUUAUUUAUCUGUAAGUCAUAUUCAAUGAAGAUAAACGAAAAAAAUCUAUGCGCGUUUGCGGUUUCUGCUACUCCAAUCGAUAAAGAAGGAUAUUUAAAUAAAAGAGGGGAAGUGAACAAAAAUUUCCAAAAAAGGUAUUUUGUUUUGAAAGGAAACUUAUUAUUUUAUUUUGAUAAAAAAGGUGAUAAGGAACCAGUUGGUGUUAUUAUUUUAGAAGGUUGUUCUAUAGAACUAGCAGAAGAUGACGCUCAGUAUAGCUUCAAAAUAGAAUUUCAUGGGCUUAACAAUCGAAGUUAUAUCUUGGGAGCCGAAUCCCAAGAAUCUAUGGAACAAUGGAUGAAAGCCUUAGCUUGUGCUGGUUAUGAUUAUAUGAAAUUAAUGGUAACUGAGCUACAAAGACAGUUGGAUGAUGUAGAAGAGACGCCUAUGCCGAUUACACCUACACAGUCUACAGGUUCACCUGUUCCACCACCUAGGACGAGACAUAAUCCUUUUAAUAGACCUGAUAAUCCCCAUCAACGAUCACAUAGUCUAAGAUCCAGUAAUUCAGCCGCUAGUCGAAUGGGGGAUUCAAGGUAUCCAGAUGCAAGUUUAGCGAAUGGUACUUCAAAAUUUACAAUAACAUUUCGGGAAUUACACAAUUCUCACGGAAGACCAAUUUUAAAGGAUUAUAAUUAUUGGAAAUAUCAACAAAAAGAAAAACACGAUAACUGUGUAGAUAACCUUAUAAGUUUUUAACAGCAUUAUUGUUAGUUAUACAACAACAUUUUUAUAACAGCACAAGUGCUAAAUAUAAACUGAUUUCUUACCAAAGUCGUGCUUCUAAUAUGAUUAAAGAUUAAAUUUAAAAAGUUGCUUGACAUUCCGAUAGUCGCUAGCCUAAAAGUCACUAUGGAUCUGUGAGAUCCACCAUUCUAAAUCAAUUUAUUGAUAAAAAUUAUCAAUGAGUUUGUCUUAGAAAAACAUAUGAUGAGUUUAUUAAUAUAUUUAUUGAGUAAUAAACAUGGAACAUAAAAAAACCGUUUACUUUUUGGAAUAGUUAUUCCAGAUUUAAUUGGAUCGGGAAAAUUUCUUGGAAACAAUACAGAAAUGGCUAGGAACUAAAGCUAAGCCUUAUUAUUUCUCACUCACUUCUGAGACACAUCUAUCAGUGCAUACAAAGUCUAUUGACUUUCGUUAAGAAGCAAGUACUACAAAGCUUGCUUUGGUUGGGGAUCCGGGAAAAUUUCUUGAAUCCGGACCGUGCAUCUCUCUUAUAGAUCCUUGACUAGUUCAUUCUCAAGUUGCUUCAGAAAAA